GCUAUCGCUGUAAUCAUUGUCUACGUGAAGACCGGCAUCUCGAUAGAUAUUACCGAUAAAAAACGACCAUUUCAAAAACUCUCAGAAGUACAACUUCUUGUUUUUCUUUCAGCUCUCUUGCCGACAACGUUCAUUAUAUAUAAUCGCGUUCGCAGCAGACCUUUUUUUCCUCACCCACAACCACACUCUCUCUUCAAGCCCCCUAAAAAUGAUCCGUAAUAUCGACGCCAAGGAGCUGCGCGCUCUGCUCACGAGAGAAGCAGUGUUUCUCGUCGAUGUCCGCGAGGCGUCCGAGUACCGCCGCGAACACAUCGACGGCGCGCAUCUCUUCCCCUCGUCCGAGUUCAAUCCAGGGGCGGUUCUGAAAGCCGCCGGAAAGGAAACUACCUUCUGCGUGUAUUGCGCUUCAGGCGGUCGCUCCUCCAAGGCAGGCGAGAGUCUUGCGCAGGCGAUUACGCAAGCCAGCGAUGUGGCUGGAAAUGCGAAGGUGUACAACCUUGUUGGUGGCAUGUCCGCGUGGCGCAUGGCGGGUUGUCUUGUCGUCGAGGACAAAAAAGCACCCCUUCCCAUUAUCCGGCAAGUGCAUUUGAUCGCCAGUACGCUGAUCAUUGGCGGGUCCUUGCUCUCGCGCUUCUAUCAUUGCAACUUUAUUCUUGUGCCCAUCUUUGUGGGCUGUGGCCUCUUCGUAUCCGGCGCAACCGGCUUUUGCGGAAUGGCGCUGCUCCUCCAAAAACUGCCAUACAACCGCUAA